GUUACUUCUUGGGGUUAGGGAGUCUGUGGCACAGCUAGCAUGGCUGUGGUUUCGCUGCUGUUGUUCGGGGGCUUGUGGAGCGCUGUAGGAGCGUCCAAUCUGGCUGUCGUUACCUGCGGUUCUGUGGUAAAGCUACUCAAUACGCGCCACAACGUGCGACUACACUCACACGACGUGCGCUAUGGGUCAGGUAGUGGGCAGCAGUCAGUGACAGGUGUAACUUCUGUGGAUGACAGCAAUAGUUACUGGAGGAUACGGGGGAAGACCUCCACAGUUUGUGAGAGGGGAACACCCAUCAAAUGUGGCCAGCCCAUUCGGCUGACACAUGUCAACACUGGCCGAAACCUCCAUAGUCACCACUUCACCUCACCUCUCUCUGGAAACCAGGAAGUGAGUGCUUUUGGUGAAGAAGGUGAAGGUGAUUAUCUGGAUGACUGGACAGUGCUCUGUAAUGGGCCCUACUGGGUGAGGGAUGGUGAGGUGCGGUUCAAGCAUUCUUCCACCGAGGUUCUGCUGUCUGUCACUGGAGAACAAUAUGGUCGGCCCAUCAGUGGGCAAAAAGAGGUGCAUGGCAUGGCUCAGCCAAGCCCGAACAACUACUGGAAAGCCAUGGAAGGCAUCUUCAUGAAACCCAGUGAGUUGUUGAAGGCAGAAGCCCACCAUGCGGAGCUCUGAGUCUGGAGGCUGUGAGCCACUGUCACCACACAGUGUUCAUAGACAUCUGCUGCUGCUUCACCCUGGGAUCCCUGCCACAGGCUUCCUGGGCAUUGGCCAUGUCACCACUGAGAUGAAGAUGGUCGGCAGAAAACAGUGACUGUGUUUGGAGGCGUCAGCCUUUUACAGUUGAAAUGGUUAUUCUCUCAGACUUGGAUCUGUUCUUUUUGAGUAUAAGACUUGUUGAGCCCUAACCGGUUUGGCUCAGUGGCUAGAGUGUCGGCCUGCAGACUGAAGGGUCCCAGGUUCGAUUCCGGUCAAGGGCAUGUUCCUUGGUUGCGGGCACAUCCCCAGUAGGGGGUGUGCAGGAGGCAGCUGAUUGAUGUUUCUCUCAUCGAUGUUUCUAACUCUCUAUCCCUCUCCCUUACUCUCUGUGAAAAAUCAAUAAAAUAUAUGUAUUUAAAAAAAAAAAAAAGACUUGUUGAAGGAGCAGGUGCUUUUAAUUCCUACUGAUAAAACAGAAACUGAGAGAGCCAUCCCUCCUAGCUGGGAAAUUUUCACUCUUCAAAAACUUGGCAUCAUGGAUUAUUAAUGUGUGUGGCUUUUCCCCUGCUUGUUUUCUCCAAAAUGAUGAAAAAGAAUUUCAUUGUUAGCCACUGUGUUGUCAUUUAUUAGGUGUGCUAUUUCAUGAUCUGAUUAAUUUUUUUAAUAGGUCUCUAUUUUGUGAGGCAAGUUAUUC